AGUCGAAUGUUUUGUAGAUCGGUUCUUGGAUGCCGUAUUUUCAUGUGACUCUUUGCUGCUGCCGAGAAAAACAGAAACACUUCACUCGUUUCCUCGCCGGCUGUGAUGUGACACAAAUCCUCGACUUUUAUGAUCUUUCACGAACAUUACAACCGACCGAGCUCCUCCAGACAAGUCUCACCGAUUUAGUCGACUUCCAAAGGUAAGUUUUAUCGACUAAAUCUCGAUGGUAGUUGUUAACCAGUCAUACACCUGUUAAAUCUAGUUAACUUACUAGUUAGACACAAGACUGUAAUGUAGCUUGCACAGGUUAUUAUUUACAUUUGUCGUAGUCGAUUAAUCGACUCUACGACAAAAUGACUUAUGCAGUUGAACAUGCCAGCUUUUUAGGGGAAAAAAGGGAGACAUUUUUUGUUGAUUUUCACUUCUUUAUAUGUAUUUAGUUGAUUGGAAACAGAAAGGAAAAGAAUAAAUCGAUUAAUCGAUCAGGAAGCUAAUAUGAAUUAUAAUGUAAUGAUGGUUAACAAUGAUAUAUCUUGAUAAUGACAGCUCAAGCAAGUAUCUGCCACCCUAACUGUUAAAGUGAUGGCUUUAUUCAUAUUAGUAUUAUUGCAUUUUCCCAUGCAAGACAUUUGACUCUGAUGAUUUACGGUGGGUACUUUUAAUAUGUUCCGUUUGUUCCAAUUUGAUCCAACUGUGUCCGAUGUUAUCAUCAGUAAUAUUGGUAUCAGUGCUCACAAUGAGACUCAUUCACUGUGUAAAUAACCGGAACAAGCAAACAUGCACUCACCCUCCUUAACUGCACAAACUUGAGAAAACCUGCUUAAAUUGCCUGUUUUUAUCUGCAGGUCAUCAUUUCAACCAGAAAACAGAAGUAGGCAGAAAAACAACCUACAGUGCAUCAGUAUUUUUAAGAAAAGAGAAGUGAAUAUGUUUUUAUUUCUCAUCACCUCCAACACACACACUCACUCUCAGACAUUCACUUGCACACAGGAAUCACAUGGCAGUGGCAAAUGGUUGUAUGUGCUUCGUCAUGAAAACCAGCAGAGACGCCACAAAGCACAAUAUGUUGGUGCUGCACAAUAAUAUAUCGUUUAUGAUGUUAACUUGUGGCUGUAUCUGAUUGCUCUGAUUCACACUGUUUGUGAGUCUUCUCUGCAUGCAAGUUUAUUUAAACAAGACAGUAAAAUGAUCUUUAUAGCACAUGAAAUUUGGCCAAUAUGAAUGAUGUUCAGGAAAAGACUCAGUUUUGAAAGUAUUGAUUUAGCUGGUGUUAUUCCCUCCAGCAGGUCAUUCAAAAUACAGAGUUUAAUCAGAGGUUCCCUUCUUAGGAAAAUCACCUGCUUAUACUGGGUUAAAGGUUCAGAAAUACACUCAAGGGGGCAGAUUUUAAGGUGGUGACUCGUCUUAUCUUAAAUUCAAUAACGGCUGGUGUCAAAAUCAAUACAUCCUGUGGUGAUAAAUGAGGAAAAGUGCUUUAAAAACAUGUUUGUGGGACAUUUGCAACACCUGAACAUAUGUGGGGAGAUAACUUAAAGAGGUAAUGUUUACCUGUCUGGAAUAAACAGUUUACAUUACAGUCUGUCUCUGAUAAAGGAAACGAGGCAGACGGGUUAAAGCAAGUCCUAAAGAUAAAGAAACACAUCCAGGAAAUAAAUACUGGAUGUUUUCACUGGGCUUUUUCCUUCUCUGACCAUUUUAUCACCUGGUUUAAAUGCAAAAUAUUGAAUAUUAAGAGGUUAUUUUGGGAAAUGGGUCAUAGUUUAUGGCAGAAAGAAAAAAUAUGCUCUUUUUUAUUAAGAAUAAAUCUUAGAUAAGUCUUUUAGCUUCAGGAAACACUGAUCAGCGUGUUUACAUCAAAGUUUUUCAACAAUAUACCAAAAAAAUGUUUAAAAUAGUGAUGGAAUUCAAUGAAAAAUAUGAUAAAUUUCUUAUAUCUUUAACAUUUUAUACAAAAAUAUCUAUGUACUUAAACACAGUGGCUUCAGUGUUGUGAGUGUGAGUGUGUGUGGCAUGUGCUGACUAAACCCUUUUUUGUGCAGAGGUUUCAGAGCAGCGAGCGUGGUUGCUCUCGCCGCUGAUUGUCGGAUCAAAGAUUGGAGCAGCUGACACAUUCCUUAUAACUACUGAAAUGUGAAACUUUGACUGACCGGAUGGACAUGUGACCCCCACUGUAGUGAAACCUGGAGGGUCCCUCACACUCACUGUAACAAUUUAUUGACGUGUUAACUUCAAAAUAACACCAUCUGACUCACAUGAUGUCUGUUUGUUUGUCCUCCAGCUCCACGACGUGAAAACACGUAAUAUCUGUCUCACACUUCUGCUCCUAUCAGCCAAGAGUUUGCCAAGCUAAACUAUGACUCAGUAACUCAGUCUCUACUUGGAUAAAUAAGUCCGCUCUAUGUGCGAGUGUCACAUGCACAUGGAGGAUCUGCAGCUGAAGUGAAAAACUGCCAACGAAGACAAUAAAGUUUCACAAAGUACAUCGCUUAUUUUGAUAAUAUUUGGAUUACUUUUAUCCUCGGCACUAACAGGGAGGUUUAAGAUGUGCAGUAAAGUGUCCAAAAUCAACUGUGAUUCGCCCAGAUUUCCAGGACGGUCUCAUCCGUCACAUGUUCUUCUCACAUCCUCCUCGUGUGUCUCUGUCUUUGCUUUUGUUUGUGUUUUUCUGAUCACUUCCCCUUUUUUGUGUUUUUGCAGGUUUUGAAGGGCGCCAUGACUCAGUGACAUCAUUUUAAGCUCUUAAUUUUUUUAUGUGUCGGAGUGCCAUGGCGCCUCCAAAUGGCUACUCCAUCAACUCGGCUCCUCUGGACGAGAGCGAGGACGGUGAACCUCUCAUCGAGAGAGACCCAGGUGGGUUUAUCUUUGGGGCAGGUGAGGCGUUUUCAACUUGGCCUAAUUUCUUUAGCGAAGAGACUAAACACAACUCACCUACUCUCCUCCAGCAGCUGCUUGUUUGAGACCUCAGGCCAGUUCAUUGCGGACUACAGUGGGGUGCCUCAGCUCAAGGAAGAACAUUUAUGAUCAUUUCCUCAUGGAAAUACAAUCAGACCGAGACGCUAAGGCAGAAGAACUUCCACAUCUGCAGUGAAAAAUGAUUAAUAUGGUGAUUAUUACUUCAAGGAAAUGAUAAAGAAAUGAUCAUAGAUGUUCUUCCUUGAGCUGCGAAACUCCGCUGUAGUCUGUAAUGGACUGGCCUGAGGCCUCCCUACAAACAAGCAGCUGCUGGAAGAGAGUAGGUGAGUUGUGCUUAGUGUCUUUGCUAAAGAAAUUAGUCAAAGGUAAAAAGAUGUUUGGUGGCUAGUACUAUGGCUGUGACCCUAUAUGUCCUGUUGAUGAAGUUAGGUGCUGUUCUGAGCAUUAUUUGUGGCUAUAGAGUGGGGGUGUCUAUCUGGGUGUUAUGGUGUGUUUGACUCUAAAUUAAUUUUGCUCCGGAAUAUCCCUUUAAAUAUAAUUUAACCUGAUGAUAGAUUCCUGGAGGAGCUCAGGUGUGUCUCACUCAGAGCGGUUUUAUGAUUGUAGGUUAUAUUCACAUCAGCACCUCCCUGGUUACAGAUUACAGAUUACAUAAGAGCUCGGUGAGAUAACUGACCAUCAGACGGCGGCUGUGAAGUUGACUGUGCAGCAAAAUAAAGACAUAAAAGUGAAGAGUUCACUGUGAGACGACCCCGAAGGAGUAAAUCUAUAAAGACUGUGUAUAACUCUAAAUACAGUACAUUUCUCUCCCUUUUUCCAGCUGUGUGUGUAUUUUUACAAACAUCCACAGAUAAUGUCGGAUUAAACCAAAGAGAACGAUCAUAAUAAUCAUCACAAAUAAACAAAGUCCACUCCAAAGAACAGAUUUAUAGGCACAGAUUCUAGUCAGCGGCAGGAUGACAGUAUUUUGAUAUGAAUAGGAAGUACUUACAUCAUUAAUACUAACUGUCAUUGCAUCAAUAAAGGGACCACAAGGUCCCAUCUUUCAAUAAAAGAGGCCCUCUGAAGCCUCAGUGAAAAUGUGAUCUGCUCCAUUUGAUAAAUAUCCCAGACUUUUUGAAUCCAGAUGUUGUCUGAGGAGGUUCUGAUGGUUCUAGACGUCAAGGCUGCAGUCAAUAAUGUGUUUAAGAUGUUUUAUUUUUCGGACCUCCUGUCCAAACCUUCAGGUAUUACUCCCAGUAUUGCGACCUUGAAGUCUUGUGGGAUAUUCAUUUUAAAAACCUCCGUCCAAAACACACUUAAUUUAGGGCGGAGCCAAAACAUGUGAUUAGCCAUUCAGGCUCUGCAGUUUCUCCAACAUGAGGUGGGAUAUUGAGGACCCAUCUUGGACGUCCAGCUGUGAAUAUCUCUGUUUUCUCUCCGAUCAGUUCCUCCUCGGUGCUGCUCGGCUCGCCUCAACUUGGCCUUCCUCAUGUUCUUGGGGUUCAGCGUGGUCUACGGCCUCCGGGUCAACCUCAGCGUCGCCAUGGUGGCCAUGGUGAACGUCACCGACCCCAAACCGGCCCAGAACAGCUCCAUAGUCCACGCCUGUCCUCUGCCGGAGGGGAUGGGGAACAUGAGUGAUACUUUCCCACAACCUGACGGGGUAACGAGCCCAGACUGAUUCAAGACACAUCAUGAGACGUUGUUGUUUUUUAAUCUGACGGGACAGACGUGUUUUACUCAUCCCCUCACCACCAGUACCCCUCUUCUUCUUCGUCCCAGAUCCCUCAGUACCCGUGGGACUCUGAGACUCAGGGCUGGCUGCUGGGGGCUUUCUUCUUCGGAUACCUGUGCACACAGAUCCCAGGAGGCUACCUGUCCGGUCACUACGGGGGGACCAUCUUCAUGGGUUUGGGUGUGCUGGGCACUGCUGUCCUCACCCUGCUCACCCCCCUGGCCGCACAGAUGGGGUCCUACUGGCUGUUCGCGCUGAGAGCUCUGGAGGGAUUCGGAGAGGUGAGUCGAGAUUUGCUCAGAGAUUUUCUAAUAACUUCAGAGUUUGUAAAAAUUGGGGAAAGUCUGUGUUUGUGUUUGAGCUCUGUCUUCUUUUUACCCUCCAGGGUGUGACGUUCCCGGCCAUGAUGGCGAUUUGGGCUCGCUGGGCCCCUCCUCUGGAGCGCUCUCGCCUGAUGACCUUUUCAGGAUCUGGGGCGAACUUCGGGGCUUUUGUGUCUCUGCCGCUCACAGGCUACAUCUGCCAAACUCUGGGCUGGCCCGCCGUCUUCUACCUCUGUGGUGAGGGAGGGAAACACACACGAACAUGAAAACAAAUACAGAGUCGUACGCAGAGACAGGAAAGAUGUUAGUCCUCCAAUCACAGAGAAGGGGGAGCACAAUAAUCAGAUUUUCUUCUUGGAUGUUGUUGAGGAGAAACAAAACUAACAGAUCUGACCGAACAGACUGGCUGAAGUUUAGACUGUUGGAUCUUAAUGGAGGCCUAAAAUCACACCUGCAUUAUCACAAGUGUCCAGAAUGACAACAAACAGAGAUCUGUGAGAUUGUAAUCACAGCUCAAUAAUAAGUAGGUGUAAUAUUAAUUUAGGAUGUCUUUCUGCAGUAUCAACUCUUUAAAGUGAAAAGAGCCUCAUUAUCUGACCUGCACAUGAACUUGUGUUGUUCAUUUGUGGUGCAUUAAGUCUGAAACUCGCUCUGAGUGAAAGCUCAUUUGUCCAUAGAUGAUAACAGACCAUAACAUGCAAGAAAUAAACCCCAUGUCUGGCAAAAAACAUUGAGAAACAUCAAAAUUGAGGAACUGCAUUGAUCCAUCUGGAAAAUGUGUGGUCCAAGUUUUUAUUUGAUGCCGUAAUUCAGUUAAAUGUGUCUUUUAAUGCUUCAGUUUUUGUAAUUUGGUACACUUGGAGUCUGAAAAGGUCGGAUACAGAAAAAAAUCUUACUACUUUUGUAAAAUUGUACAUUGGCUAGAGUCUCAUAUUCAGGUUAAUACGGUAAUUACAGAAAUCAGAGCACAAAGUCAAGGUUGAACUCUUGGACCCUGACAGCUGUAAGUCUCUCACUUUCAAAAUAACAUAACUUUAACUUUACAUAACUUUAACUUUAUAUAACUUUAACUUUAACUUUAUGACAGCGGACCUUCACUUUAACCUCCCGUCCUUUAGUUAUUCAUCACGUCUCAAUAAAACUCUGGUGUAUCUGCGUGUCUCUGUCAGGUGGUGCCGGUUGUCUCUGGGCUGUCUUUUGGUUUAUAUUUGUGUCCGAUGACCCCCGCAAACAUCCUCGAAUCAGCAAAGAGGAGAGAGAUUACAUCAUAGGCUCCAUCGGGCCUCAGGUAAGCGAACAUGACAUAUGAUCCACUUUAUUUUUAUUUAUUUAUUCAUUUAUUUUUAUUUAUUUAACAACAAAACAGAGUGACGACAACAACAGAAACAACAACAAAAAAAUAAAAAAUUUACAAAAAUACUUUUGUGAGGGAGGGGAGGGGGAAAGAAUUUAUAUAAUAUGUAAUAGAGAAUUUAACAAGAAAAGAAAAAAAUCUUAAUUGGAUUACAUUGGAAUAUCUGUAUAGUAAUAACUAUAUAUAUACACAUACAUGCACACAUAUGCAAAUAUACAUACAUAUACAUAUAUAUACACACAUAUAUGAUAUGACAUAUGAUCCACUUUAAUGUGUUUGUCGUGUCUCAUUUCUCAAAGACUGACCGUCAGUUUAUUUAAAGAGGUCUUUUAAAAACAAGAUAAAUCAGGAAAUCUUUAGACAGAAGGCAGUUGUUUAGUUUUCCUGUUCAAAUGAAAAUGAAAGUAACACUCGACUUGAAGGGAAGUUUCAGCUGUCUCGCUGUUCCUCUCACCUUUACUCAAUCGAGAGGAUUAAAUGUCUUUCUGAAGUUCCCUCUCAAGCUUCCUGUUUUCAUUUCCUUCGUUGUUUUCUGUUUUUGUCGCCCUUUUGUCCUCUGAGCUGACCUGUAAUAAAGAAAGAGGAUAAAUGUAUUUAUCAGUAUUUUUAAAGAUUGAGUCUUUACUCUGAACUCCACAGGGUACAGGUCACGGCUGGUCCGUCCCCCUGCUGCCCAUGCUGCUGUCAGUUCCCCUGUGGGCCAUCAUCGUCACCCAGAUGUGUUCGAACUGGGCGUACUACACCCUGCUCACCUCCCUGCCCACCUAUAUGAACAACAUCCUGCACUUUGACCUCAAAUCGGUGAGGUUUCCCAUCACCUCCUCUCCUGUUUUACAACCAAAUACAGUGUAGAAAUAACAAGAGCCGAGUUUUAUUUUAAAAAAUUAGGCUUUAAUUUGAAGUGACGCCUCUUUGCGACUCAAUCAUCAUGACUUUCUUCACCCAGAAUGGUUUCCUGUCCGCUCUGCCGUACCUCGGCGGCUGGCUGGCCUCCGUGCUGUCGGGCGUCAUCGCUGACAGCCUGAUUGAGAGGAGAGUGUUCAGCAUCACCGCCGUACGAAAGAUCUUCACCCUCACAGGUCAGGGAGUGUUUCCUAGAUAGACGUUGAUUUCUUCAAAUCUAGCAGUGUAGAGAUGUUUGAACACCCACCCCUUCUCGUGUGCAGGUCUGCUGCCCGGUGCAGCCGCUCUCCUGGCCGUCGCUUACUCCGGCUGCAGCCACAUCCUCACUGUCACCUUCCUCACGCUCUCCACGACCAUCGGGGGAACCAGCGCCUCAGGAGUCUUCAUCAACCAGAUAGACAUCGCUCCUCGGUGGGUGUCAGCAUCAGUACAGGCUCUCUCGUUACAAAUUCAGGCUCUGCAAAAAAACAAAAGAUAGAUACGAGAACAAACAAAAAUCACGGAUUAGAUACAAAACUUUUGAUUUAGUUCUUAUGAGUGUUUUCAAAGAAAUAAAAGAAAAACAAACAGAAUAAUUUUGACUUUAUGAGGCCAGACAGUUCAGUUUGACUCUGCUUCCAAAAAUACCCUGCAAAAAAGGAAUUUCAAGAAAGGAAAAAACAACCUUGUAUGAAGGAAAUAAGUCUUAUUUUAGUACAAAAAGAACAUUAAUCUUGUGAAGCAUGUUUGACAUUAGAAAAAUGAUCUGAUUUUAAGAGGAAAUGGCUUUUUCUUGAUAUUCCAGCUAAUUUUGAGAUCGAAUGAACCAGAAAAAGAGCAGAAAAAUGUUUUAUAAUAAAAUCCAGCAGAGCAACAAGAUCAUUCGUCUCAUUUUAAGAGUAAGACAUAUGUACAACUUCUUAAUUCAAGAACGCCAUGAAACAGGAACAAUUGAUUUUUUGUUUUUAUUAAGUUUUCCAUUAGAGGUCGUCUGAACCUGACAGAAUCUGCUGCCUCGGACAUUAUCCGACAUAUAAAGACGUCAGGACGUCAAAACAACAAAGAACAACAAAGAACAUGCUUGUUCUCCACAUGCCUGCGUGUGGAAUAAAAACAUAUAUUUAAUGAGAAUGUUUUGGUAUCUUGAUUUAAGACAACGUCACUUUUAUUUGUUAUGCUGUUUACAUUAUUCACCUCAGUCCUAGAUUCAAGUGUAUUUUCUUGAAGUUCAUUUAUUCAAGAGACUAAAAUUCUAAUUUUAAGUAACUUCAUCUUCAUUUUUUAUUUCUUGCUGUAAAAAAAAUUAGUUUAAUAUCAGAUUUUCUGUCUCGUUCAAAGUUUCAUCAAGUCUGUCAGGGCCAAGAAAUUUGUUCUUAUUUUGAGAAUUCUUGUGAAGCAAAAAAAAAAUCUUACUCCAUUAUCAGAUUCUUUGAUUGAAUAUAAGAAUAUUUUGCUUCUUUCUCGUAGGGCUGUUUUUGCAGUGUAAUGUUUUGACUGAUGUGCAGCUCGUGUUUUUUAACUUUUUAAUGUGCUUUUUUUAAAACAGUCCAAAUCAGUUCUCAAGAGUAGUUUUGUUCCCUUCUGCAGGUACGCAGGUUUUCUUCUUGGAAUCACAAACACAUUCGGGACCAUCCCCGGAGUCUUAGCUCCCAUCGCUACCGGAUACUUUACCGAGGAUGUGAGUCAGGAGGGUUUGUUUAUAGAAUCUGGAUUUUAAAGGUUUUAAAGACUGCAGACCGUCCUGGAGGUCUUGAUGAGCUUCUUUCCUCAUAACCUCUGUUUCUCACUUCAGUACAUAUGAGCUUUUGAUUAAUCGUCUUCUUCUUCUUCUGUGGUAUUCAGCACACGCUGGCAGGCUGGAGGAAAGUGUUCUGGGUGGCGGCUGGAAUCAAUAUCGGCGGCGCCAUCUUCUACACCUUAUUUGGCAGCGGGAAGAUCCAGCCGUGGGCCAUCACAGAGGAGGAGGCCGCAGAAGCAGAGAAAAACAGGAGCACAGCGGUCAUCACGUAAAAACCACUUACCCAGAAAUCCCACGAACGUCAGAGAGACUCUAAAGGUUUUAAAACAGUGCAGUUUUUACGCCUCAUGAAUACGGGAUGCAAAAGUGGCAAUAUUAAUUUUAUUACACCAGUUUAAUUAUGUUUUAUAAAAGUUUUAUCUGACAACUUUUGCAGAGUUUUUUAUGUUUCUGCUUUUUAGAAGUUAAAACUUUUUGUCUUUUGUAGAUUUCAACAUGUUUUUUUAAACAUUCUUGCAAAGAAAAUGAAAAUUACAAAGCUGCUUUUUACAUCCCAAUCUCAUUUUUGACACAGGAAACAGAUUCAGGAUUUGCACUCGUGUAAAAAAAAAACGUGUAUCAACAUCUGCUGGAUUCUCUCUGAUUUUCUCACUGUGAAUUCCUCAAAACUUCUGCUCCUGUUGGGUUUACGUUUCCUAAAAACGAAACAUGAGACGGGGGUUGAGCUACAUCUUAAAGUAAUGAUUAUGUUCUGAUCUGUGACUACGCAGAGUUAAAACACAUCUUUUUUUUUUACAAUUUGAAGGUUUUUUUUAGCUGUUAUGAGGAUGGGACUGAUUUCUUAUGAACAAACACAAUCUGAAAACACUUUUAACCUCUUCUUGACUGUUCAGCAGGACCGAAAGACGCACUUUUUACAUUCAAAAAUACACCGAAAUGAGCCUUAUCUUCAAUAAUGGUGCCACUGAAGUGCAAAAAUAAUCACACCAGCUGUGACUGAAGCACCUUCAGCCGCCGGGACUGAAAUACUUUCCUGUAAAAGAGACACAAACUAUUGCUGUGUACUUUUUGUGUUACAUUCCUAAGAACAGUGUGGAAAAUAGGACAUUUUUCAAACUUCUCACACAUUCUCGUCAACUCGUGUCAAAGUGCGCUGUGAUUGUAAACUUAUUAAGUUUUUAAACGGAUGCAAUAAUUUAUUUACCCUCUCUGUGCUUUGAGAACGUCGAUGUGGUAAAGAUGUGCUCAGUAUCUUUGUUUGACUUUGUAUUUUAUUGUAAAGAGAAUCAAAUUUGUUUUACUGUGGAAAAAAAGAAACUGAACUAAAAUAAAGACCUUUUUAUUCUGGUUUUUAGUUAAA